GAGCUGAACUCUCAGCAGCUCUUUAUGUUCAAACCAGAGAAACAGAUUGUUUCAAACACUUUCCGUCGUCAGAUCACUGUCAUAUAUCUUGAUUCUAAUGCAGUGAUGUCUGUCUUAUUCUGUCAUUAGUAGAAAACCCCUAAAACAAAGAAGACGGGUUGAUAGGACAGAAACCCUGGACAAGAAGGUUUUCUGAGGAGGGAAGGAUGGAGAACGUCUCCUCGCACAAACACUUCAUCCUCAACGGCUUCAAUGAACUCGGAGCACUGAGGCCCGUUCUGUUCAUCCCGUUCUCCAUCAUGUUUGUUGUAUCGCUGUCGGCCAACUCCCUGUUGAUGUACGUCGUCAUUUCACAGAGAAGCCUCCACUCACCGAUGUACAUCCUCAUCGCCGGCAUGGCAUGUGUGGACCUGAGCCUCCCGCUGUUCUUCGUCCCCAACAUGCUGCUGAGCUUCUUGUUUGACUGGAGGGGAAUCUCUCUGAGUGGCUGCCUGGUUCAGAUGCACUUCAUUCACUUUGUCGGAGCUUUUCAGUCUACUCUGCUGGUGUGGAUGGCACUGGACCGCUACUUUGCCAUCUGCACGCCACUUUACUACCAUGAAUGCAUGGCGUUACCGAGAUUCCUCAAGUUUGUGAUUCCAAUUCUGAUCAGAAACUUCUUCCUAAAUACACUAAUGGUGAGUCUGGCAGGAAAGUUGUCGUUCUGCGUUGGGAACGUGAUGAACCACUGUUUCUGUGAGCACAUGGCCUUGGUGCAGCUGGCCUGUGGAAGUACCGCCAUCAACAACCUGGUGGGGUUGCUCACCGCCUUCUUCAUUCCUGUGGCUGACUUUGUCUUUAUUGCUGCUUCCUAUGUGGUGAUAUUCAGCUCUGUGCUCAACUCCAGCAGGUCAGGGGUCAAAGCGUUUCACACCUGCAUCACCCACAUCAUGGUCAUCACCGUCACCCUGACCAUCGCACUUGUUGCUUUCCUGUCAUAUCGGAUCAGAAAUGGUCUUCCUCCCGCCAGUCGGGUUUUCUUCAGCACCAUGUACCUGCUGUUCCCGAGCUGUUUCAACCCGAUCAUUUACGGCAUCAGAACCACCGAGAUCCGACAGCACAUUGUGAAGACACUGACAAGUGGUGGCUUUGUCCAAACUGUGCCCCAUUCUUAAGAAGCUAUUAAAAA